AUGGCUCCGGAUACUCACAAAAUCGACGCCCACAGUCCCCCCGAGACACACGAGCUGAUCACUCAGGCUGCUAUCGCGAAGGCCAAAUUACCAUGGAUUGACCUGAUUCUGAAAAGCUUCUUUGGAGGCGUUUUUAUCGCUAUUGGCGGUUUGUUCGACCUCAUCGUCGUGGGCGGCUCUCCAGGUCUGCGACAGUCGAAUCCCGCCUUAGCCACCAUGAUUUCGGCUUUCCUCUUUCCAACUGGCUUCGUGUUGGUCAUCCUCACGAACAUGGAGCUGGUCACUUCGAACUUCUACACUAUGACUUUCGCAACUCUGCAGCGAAAGACGACGAUGUAUGACCUGGCUCGGAAUUGGGUUGUCUCCUACAUCUUCAAUAUCGCUGGCGCUUUGUUCUUUACAGGUGUUCUAGCAUGGUGGAGCGACUCUCUAUCGAGUGACGCACAAUCAACGUAUGCCGUUACCCAGGCUGAGGGCCGAGUCAAUGUGAACUGGGGUUACAACUUGACGCGCGGCAUCGGCUGUAACUGGCUCGUCGGUCUAGCAAUGUACCUAGGUACUUCUGGACGAGACAACACAUCUAAAAUCUUCGGCAUCUGGAUUCCCAUCUGGGCAUUCGUUGCACUGGGCUACCAGCACUCCAUCGCAAAUUACUUCAACGGCCCAAUCGGCAUGUUCUAUGGAACGAACUUCAGUGUUGGAAAGUUCAUCUGGGCUUCGUGUAUCCCUGUCACGCUUGGUAAUAUGAUUGGCGGGGCAGUCUUCGUUGGCUUGUCUUUCUGGUUGCUGUAUGGUAGGGGGCCGGCUCUGCCGAAUGAGGCUGGUGCGCAAUUAGGGGGCGACAAGAGAGAAGACGGGCAUAUGAAUGGGUUCAAGAAACAUCAUGAUGAUAUGAACGGUGAUGGUAUGCGACAUAGAUCCAGAGGCGAUGAUAUGGCAUAG